AUGGCUCUGGAUAAAUACAACUCCCAAUGGGUCUCGUUUCAUAUCCGUGACCAUUUGGAUAAUAGAGAGAUUUCUGUCCGACACUGUGUCAUUGAAGAUGGCCAAUUCCACGACCCCGAUAACAACAAACCCAUGACCGAAGAUGACAUCGACGAGCUGGUAAUCCCCGCCGACGGCAUCGGCGAGAUCUGCGCCCGCAGUCGUAGAGGUAGCGAGGGCCGUCUGGAUCUGUUCGAUGGAGAUAACAAGAUCUGCGAGCUCCACUGGGACAAUCGCAAGGACGAAAAGUUUAAUGUCGUCGAGAUGCUGGAUAGUAGUGACAAGUAUCGCGUCACGCAUGGGGGAUGGAGCCCAGAGGCUGGGCCUCUGGGACAUGUCUACGUGGACAUUUGGGCGAAGAAGAAGAAGUGA